AUAUAUACUGUUAUACAUUCGCAUAUGUAGCCAGUAAGAAGUUCAGGUAAAGUUCAAACAUUGAGAGGAUAAAAACAAAAUAAAAACGAUAAAUACACUGAAAAUAAAAUGGGAAAUUCGGUUUUUAAACGUUUAUUUGCUGAUAAAAAUGUGCGGAUAUUAAUAAUUGGACACGAAUAUUCUUAUACAGUGUUGCGUAGUUUGAAGCUUGGUAAAUUGAGUUUUACUAUGGCGGGGGAAGGAAUUUUCGCUGAAGUAUUACGAUAUAAAAAUGUAGAAAUGACAGCUCUAGAUUUGGGAGGCCGAAUGUCAAUACGCCCAUUGUUACCACACUACUAUGCUACCAUACAGGGACUUGUAUUCGUUUUGGAUUGUUGUAGUUACAGAGUGGAUGACACUAUAAACGAAUAUUGCGAGAAGAUACAGGAAGAUGUUCUACCAAAUGAUGUACCGGUUCUUAUUCUAGCCAAUAAUCACGACGACUCGCGCGCAACUUCACUAGAUAAUAUCCGGGAACAAUUUGGGAAAGAAAAAUGCUUCAUUGAUAGACACUGGAAGGUCCAUGGUGUCAAUUUUUCUGAUAAAGAAGACAACGGAUUGUUUGAAGCGUUUGAUUGGCUCUCGGAUCAGAUGAUAACCAAUGAAAAACAAAAGAUGGCUUUGGAUAUAUUUGUUGGGGCAAAUAACAACGGAACGACUGACACAUCUGACCAACAGCUCGGCAAUAAAGAAAAUAAGGGUUUUCUUUCAAAAUUCGCUGAAUCACUUAAAAAAACUCUUGUUUGUCGGCCAGUUAUUCGACAGUAACGAGGGUAAUUCUAUUAUAAUGGGACUGGUAUGAAAUAGAACAAACCAUGUAUAUUAAUCUAUUAAUAGAAAUAGAUGUAUAAUAGAAACAAAAGAUUCCAUUUAGGCGGAAUAACUAGAACAUUGUUGACUGGACUUUAUAUAAAGGACAUUCAGAUAUAGUGUAAAAAUCAAAUUGCAAGUUAUAAAUAGUGAAUGUCUUUCACAUGUCAGUAAUAACUUGCAAAAUAGAUAGCAAAUUCGGGAAAAUAUAGUCUAUCGCGCAUCUAAUUAUAUAAUAUAACUAAAAUUUGAUUUUAUGCGUCGAACCUUUGGUCCACUGCAUGCCUUAUUAAUUUCUUAUUCAUACAUUCAUAUGUUCAUGAACCUCAGCAAAUGUUCUGAUUAUUCAACAAAACUAAAAAAAUAAGUUGAAAUUGUAGUUGAGAAUUUCAAAGAUAACGUAAUUGUGUUCAUUUUUUAAAAAGGUUGGUAUAUUAUUUAAAGCUAUGAUGGAGCAUAAUUUAAUUAGUUUUCAAAUACUUAGCAUGAGUAUAAUAUCACACUAUUGUUUAACAUUGUAUUUGUAUAUCUCAAUUUUUGUAAUAUUUAUGACGUGUAUAAUAAAAAAAUUACUAUAAUUGUUAUAUUCUUAUGAGGACAUAAAAUAAAACACAAAUUCGUUAAACGACGAUAUUAAACUGUUGUGAGAUAUUCCAGCUAUGUGAGGUAUUCGGACUCUCAAUCUUGCAAAUAUACAUAUAGAUAUAGACUAAUGAAGCCCUAGAGGUAUUAAUCAAGAGUUUGAACACGUAAGUAUUACAUACGAGGGAUGUUCGAAAUGUAUUGUUUAUUUGUAUCUAGAGAUUUCAAAUUAUAAGUUAGCUCAAAAGUGUUCAUUUGUGUCCACUUCUU